AUGGCAAAGGGACCCAAAGGCAAAGGCAAACUCGCUCAAGCCCUUGCGAAACAGCAGCACGCGGCAUCGCAGCGACAGCAGGAGGCACGGGCGAGACAGGCUGAAGAAGACAGGGCCAAGGCCGUCAAGGCAAAGAUGGCUGCGGGUGGGCAGGGCGCGAACGGGACGAAGAAGCGCAGGGUGAGCGAGGAGGGCGCGGGCAUCCGUGUGGGAGGAGAGGCGGCGCAAGGGAAGGUGGAGGGGAAGGAGAUUGUGCAGGAGAAGCGUAGACGAGUCGGCGUACAGCCGUUCAGGCGUGGCGAGAGGAUCCUCCUCGUCGGCGAAGGCAACUUCUCCUUCUCUCACUCCCUCCUCCUCCCACACUCGACCUCCGCCUCCUCUUCCUCCUCCCUCCCUCCUCCCCAGCCCCUCAUAACCCCCUCCUUUCUCCUCUGCACCUCCUACGACUCGCCCUCCACCGCCGCCGAAAAAUACCCCGACCUCGAGACGCACGUCUCGGCUUUGCGUGAAGCGGGCGCGACGGUGUUGUUUGGGAUUGAUGCGACGAGACUGGAGGAUCAUAAGGAGGUCAGGGAGUUUUGUGGGAUGGGAGCGAAGGGGAAGGGGAAGGAGAGGGAGGAGGAGGGUAAGGUUGGGUUCGAUAAGAUCGUGUUCAACUUUCCUCACGUCGGUCAAGGCAUCACGGACCAGACGCGCAACAUCCGCGCGAACCAAACACUCCUCCUGGACUUUUACCGUUCCGCGUCUCUCCUCCUUCGAAGCGGUACCGCUCGCGCGCCAGGUCUCUCCAAAACGAACCAGCGUGCUGUAGACACCGACGGUAUCGCUGCGACGGGCGUGGAAGACGGAUUCGACGAGGACGAGCAGGAGGAACUACGUAUCAUCCUCGAGUCGGCUUCUGCUACGACCGGCGAAGAGGCGAACCCGACUCUUCCGAUCCCUCCACCUCCGUCAAUACGCGGCACGAUCCUCCUAACCCUCCGCACCAACGCACCCUAUUCCUCCUGGCUCCCCGCUCAACUAGCCACCAAAGGCCCUUUGCUCGCUCCCUCGAUCCUCCCCUCCCACACGCCUAAAUCUCGACUCGCAGAUCAGCCGACGUACCGCACUGUACGGAGCUGGGAAUUCGAACCGGACGAAUGGGAGGGGUACGAGCAUCGGCGGACUCGUGGAUGGGAGGAAGGGAAGAGUGCGGGUGCGAACGAGGAUUUGCGGUUGAGUGCAAGGGAGAGGUUGGAGAAGAAGAAGGGUGCGGGAGGGGCGGAAGGGAGGGAGAAGGAAGGGAAGGGACAGAUGAGGACUUGGGAAUUUGAGGUGGUUACGAGGGAGGAUCGGAGGAGGGAGGCGGAGAAGGGUACGAGAGGGAAGGGGAGGAGGGGCGUGGCGGGAGCGGGUGGGAAGAAGCGGAAGGCGGGAGGGGACCCGGAUUUGAGCGAGUAG